AUGUCUUCCGUCAGGUUCCCAUACUCAAAAGCGCAGUUGCGCACGAUUAAAGAGAUACAGUUUGGUCUUCUCUCGCCAGAGGAGAUCAAGCGGAUGAGCGUGUGCCAUGUCGAGUAUCCUGAGACUAUGGAUGACCAACGGCAACGACCACGCGAAAAAGGUCUUAAUGACCCUCGUCUCGGAACUAUCGACCGUAACUGGCGAUGUGCAACCUGCGAAGAAGGCAUCAAUGACUGCCCAGGUCACUUCGGCCAUAUCGAACUAUCUACCCCGGUGUUUCAUAUUGGUUUUUUGACUAAAAUUAAGAAGCUGUUGGAAACUGUCUGCCAUAAUUGUGGCAAGAUAAAAGCCAAUGCGUCAGAUCAGAAGUAUCUGGACGCCCUUCGUUUUCGCGAUCCGAAGAAACGUUUUGACGCUAUUUGGCGAUUAUCGAAGGACAGCCUAAUUUGUGAAGCUGACCCACCCGAAGACGAUGACCCCUUUGCGAAGGAGAGCUCGAAACCCGUCCAGGGACACGGUGGAUGCGGAAACGUUCAACCCCAGGUCCGAAAGGAAGGGAUCACGUUGAUGGGCACAUGGAAACCAAGCAAGAUGCGCGACAUGAUGGAUGAUAACGAUAUUCAACAGCCCGAGAAAAAGCAGAUCACUCCCCAGAUGGCCUUGACUAUUUUUAGGAAUAUUUCGGAAGAAGAUGUUCGCUUGAUGGGAUUGAGUAAUGAUUACGCCCGGCCCGAGUGGAUGAUUAUCACCGUCUUACCUGUCCCGCCUCCACCUGUUAGACCUAGUGUUCUUGUUGGUGGCAGCGGUACCGGCCAGCGUGGUGAGGAUGAUUUAACGUACAAACUGGCAGAAAUUAUCCGUGCCAAUCAGAAUGUUACCAGAUGCGAGCAGGAAGGUUCCCCAGAGCAUGUGGUUCGCGAAUUCGAGUCUUUGCUACAAUAUCACGUGGCAACAUACAUGGAUAACGACAUUGCUGGAAUCCCUCAAGCGAUGCAGAAGUCCAACCGUCCUGUGAAGGCUAUUCGUGGUCGACUAAAGGGUAAAGAAGGCCGUCUCCGACAGAACUUGAUGGGAAAGCGUGUCGACUUUUCGGCCCGUACCGUCAUCACCGGUGACCCAAAUCUUUCACUUGAUGAGGUCGGUGUCCCUAUCAGCAUCGCCCAGACGUUGACAUACCCCGAGGUUGUCACGCCUUACAACAUUCAUCGGUUGGGCCAGCUUGUGGAUAACGGACCAGAUGUCCACCCCGGCGCACGUUAUGUCAUCCGUAGCUCCGGAGAACGCAUCGAUCUUCGACAUCAUAAGGGUGGCGGUGGCCGAAACUUCCUACAAUGGGGUUGGAAGGUCGAGCGUCAUCUUAUCGAUGGUGACUUUAUUCUCUUUAACCGUCAGCCCUCCCUUCACAAAGAGUCUAUGAUGAGCCAUCGUGUCCGUGUUAUGCCCUAUUCAACGUUCCGACUGAAUUUGUCUGUCACGACCCCAUAUAACGCCGAUUUCGACGGUGACGAGAUGAACUUGCACGUUCCACAAAGUGAGGAGGCUCGGGCGGAACUAAACCAGCUGUGCCUAGUUCCCCUGAACAUUGUGUCCCCACAGAGAAACGGUCCGCUUAUGGGUAUCGUCCAGGAUACUCUUUGUGGAAUCUAUAAGAUAUGCCGACGAGACGUAUUCUUAACUAAGGAGCAGGUCAUGAACGUCCUCCUAUGGGUACCUGAUUGGGAUGGAGUCCUUCCACAGCCAGCAAUUCUCAAGCCUCGCCCAAGGUGGAGUGGAAAGCAGGUGAUCAGUAUGGUUCUUCCUUCUGGUUUAAAUCUUCUCCGUGUCGAUCGUGACAAGUCGCCCAUUUCUGAGAAGUUCUCUCCCCUCAAUGAUGGAGGAGUUUUGGUCCACGGUGGUGAAUUGAUGUACGGGAUGUUCUCUAAGAAGACUGUCGGUGCUACCGGCGGCGGUGUUAUCCACACCAUCUUCAACGAAUAUGGUCCAGAUGUUGCCAUGAGUUUCUUCAAUGGUGCCCAAACUGUUGUGAACUACUGGCUACUUCACUAUGGUUUCAGUAUCGGAAUUGGUGAUACAAUCCCCGAUCUGGCAACUAUUCAAAAGAUCGAGAAUGCAGUCCGUGUGAGGAAGGAUGAGGUCGACUCCAUUACUGCUAGUGCCACGGAGAACACUCUCGAGGCACUUCCCGGUAUGAAUGUUCGAGAGACCUUCGAGAGUAAGGUAUCCCGUGCCUUGAACAAUGCCCGUGAUGAAGCUGGUACAGCGACAGAAAAGAGUUUGAAAGAUUCAAACAACGCCGUUCAAAUGGCUCGAUCCGGUUCCAAGGGUUCUACCAUUAACAUUUCCCAAAUGACAGCUGUUGUAGGACAGCAGUCUGUGGAAGGAAAGCGUAUCCCCUUCGGAUUUAAAUACCGAACAUUACCUCAUUUCACCAAGGAUGAUUACUCUCCAGAAUCCCGUGGGUUUGUUGAAAACUCGUAUCUCCGUGGUUUGACUCCUACCGAAUUCUUCUUCCACGCAAUGGCUGGUCGUGAGGGUUUGAUCGAUACUGCAGUCAAAACUGCCGAAACUGGUUAUAUCCAGAGAAAGCUUGUUAAGGCGUUGGAGGAAGUCAUGGUCAAAUAUGAUGGAACAGUUCGAAACUCUCUGGGUGAUAUUGUCCAGUUCCUUUAUGGUGAAGAUGGUCUCGAUGGCCAAUGCAUUGAAAACCAACGCGUCGACAUCAUCAAAUGUUCUGAUGAGCAAUUCCGUAACCGAUUCCGCGUUGACCUUAUGGACCCAGAGCGCCUACUUUCACCUGAUAUCUUGGAGCAAGCCACUGAGAUCGCUGGUGAUAUCGAGGUGCAGAAACAUCUUGACGAGGAGUGGGAGCAGCUACUGAAGGACCGCGCAUUCUUGAGGACCGUUGUAAAGGAAGAUGACGAGAUGAUGCAAUUGCCAAUCAAUAUCCAGCGAAUUUUGGAGUCAGCGAAAACUACUUUCAGAAUCCGUGAUGGCACAAUUAGCGAUCUCCACCCUGCAGAGGUUGUUCCACAGGUCAGACAAUUGCUAGAUCGCCUACUUGUUGUCCGUGGAGACGACCCAAUCUCCUGUGAAGCACAGGAAAGUGCAACGCUUUUGUUCAAGGCGCAGCUCCGUUCCCGUCUUGCUUUCAGACGCUUGGUCGUGGAAUACUCGCUGAACAAACUUGCCUUCCAACACGUUCUGGGUGCAAUUGAAAGUCGAUUUGGGAAAGCCGCUGCAAACCCUGGUGAGAUGGUCGGUGUGUUGGCUGCCCAGUCUAUUGGAGAGCCAGCUACUCAAAUGACACUGAACACUUUCCAUUUCGCUGGUGUUUCUUCCAAGAACGUUACCCUUGGUGUUCCUCGUCUUAAGGAAAUUCUAAACGUGGCCACUAACAUCAAGACACCUUCUAUGACUGUCUACCAGCCCGCAGAGCGCCGUAUGGACAAAGAAUCGGCCAAGCAACUUCGAAGUAUUGUCGAGCACACUAGUCUGCGAUCAGUGACGGAAUCGACUGAGAUUUACUAUGAUCCUGAUAUCCAAUCUACGGUUAUCGAAAAUGAUGUUGACAUGGUGGAAUCGUAUUUCAUUAUUCCCGAGGACGUUGCGGAUGAUUCUUCAAGACAAUCCAAGUGGUUGCUUCGUAUUAUCCUCAGCCGACCGAAACUGCUCGACAAAGGUCUCACCGUGCAGGACGUUGCCACAAAGAUUAAGGAAGCAUAUCCCCAGGAUAUUGCUGUAAUCUUCAGUGAUAACAACGCCGAUGAACAGGUUGUUCGUAUUCGUCAAAUUCAAGAUCCAAAGCAGGAUGACGACGAUGAUGACACUGAGUAUGAUGUUACCCUCAAGAAGUUGGAGAGCCACUUGCUCGACACUCUUACAUUGCGUGGUGUGUCAGGCAUUGAGCGUGCGUUCAUCAACGAGAAAUCCCGAACUCGAGUUCUGGAAGAUGGUUCGCUUCAUCAAAGCAGCAGUGACCCUGAAUGCAAGGAGUGGGUGCUCGAAACCAGUGGUUCUGCUCUUGCAGAUGUCUUAGCUAUCCCCGGUAUUGAUGCCAGCCGCACAUACUCGAAUCAAUUCGUUGAGAUUCUCGAGGUCUUUGGUAUUGAAGCUACGCGAACUGCACUCCUGCGAGAAUUAACCCAGGUGCUUGCCUUCGAUGGUUCUUAUGUCAACCAUCGUCAUUUGGCUCUCCUUGUGGAUGUCAUGACUGCUCGAGGCUUCCUCAUGGCCGUAACUCGACAUGGUAUUAAUCGUGCGGACACUGGUGCUUUGAUGAGAUGUUCCUUCGAAGAGACUGUGGAAAUUCUUCUUGAUGCCGCUGCUUUUGCAGAGUUGGAUGACUGCCGUGGCGUGUCUGAGAACUUGAUUCUCGGUCAAAUGGCGCCCGCAGGAACGGGCGAGUUUGACGUUUAUCUUGACCAGUCAAUGCUUAUGGGCGUUGUCUCCAACAAUGCAGGCCUUGGCGCGAUGGGCAAUGAGCCCAAGGGAAUGUUGUCCGACGGUGCUGCCACCCAGUACGACAGCGGCUCGCCAAUGCAAGAGAACAUGUAUAUCAGCUCUCCUGACCCUGAUUCGCAGUUCUCGCCCGUCAGGCAAGCUGGAUCGGAGAAUUCUGUUGGUUUCGCUGACUACCAGCCACCAAGCUAUGGUGGGUUCAGUCCACAUGAACCGAGAAGCCCAGGUGGUGGCUACUCGCCCAGCAGUCCUUUCAAUACCAGCCCAACUUCUCCUGCCUACUCUCCAUCGUCGGGUUAUUCUCCUACUUCCCCUGGUAUGAGCAUCACGAGUCCGCGUUUCAUCUCAUCUCCGGCGUUCUCCCCAGCCAGUCCAUCCUUCGCCCCAACUUCACCGGCCUAUUCACCAACAUCUCCUGGAUAUGGCCAAGCCCAGUCUCCUACAUCACCUUCCUAUUCGCCUACCUCCCCAGGCUUCUCUCCAACAUCGCCCAGCUACAGCCCAACAUCGCCCAGCUUUAGUCCGGCAUCGCCUGUGUUUAGCCCUACCUCCCCUAGCUACAGCCCAACCAGCCCCGCACUGGGUGGAGGUACUGGCAGACACCUUUCGCCAACUUCACCUACCUCCCCGAAGUAUACCCCAACUUCCCCUGGAUGGUCCCCUACGAGUCCGGAAGCGUAUUCUCCUACGUCUCCAAAUUUCUCUGGAUCCCCAACUUCCCCAGGUGGGCCGACGUCUCCUGGCUAUAGCCCGACGUCUCCUACCUUCAACCCAACAUCCCCACGUCAGUAG